AUGGACUACUUGACCAACAGAGAGAAGUUUGCGAGGCUGAGGGACUGUGGCUCAGAAAUGGAGGUCAGACGACCGAUUUGCACGUCAGGACCGCUGCGGACCUCCACCAGAGUUUCCUCUGGCUUCGCCCUGCCCAGGCAUAGUUCACCAUCUUUCGGGUCCUAUCACGUACGCUCUGGCUCCACCUCCCCGGCGCUGCGGGCGAGACGGGCCGGCGGUGCGCCCGGGCCACGGGUGGGCCCGGGAUCCCGCCUCGGCGACGCCGUCCAGGCGACCGGCGCCGCACCCUUCACUUUCAUUGCGCCACAGGGUUUCGGCGAGACCCGCCGCCCCCGGCCCCCGGAGUUGCGUAGUCGCAGGAUGAUUGUCUCCAGGAAAAACCAGGAGCGGAACCUAAAACCUGAACUCCAACCCUUCUGGGUCCAGGUGGGAGAGUACCGUACCCAGUUAGCUGAGGAUGAGGUAGACAUUUCAGAUACAGGCCUGGGAGAUAUGCUGAGCCAGAGCGUCAAUGGUGUCGAACACCCUGUCAUGUUCCUGAGCCGAAAAUUGCUGGAACGUGAGACCAGUUAUGCGAUAUUGGAGCGGGAAACCUUGGGGAUCAAAUGGGUGAUUACACUGCUGCGGUACUACCUCCUGAGUCCUCCUACAAUUCUGCAUUUCUUUGCUGACACCUCUGCUCCAAAAGGAUCAACAAAAUCCGGAUUGUCGGUGAAGAAGACAGCAACUCAAAAGCCUCUAAUCGCAGGCUUCCUGCUUCUUGAGGGCAGAAAUGCCAUCCGUCUCCACCAGCUACGAAAGAAAAUACUUGCAGACAGGCAAGUGUUCAACAACAUAAACCAUGUGAGCAUCACCACCAUCAGACGCAUCUUGGGAAAACACAGCAUCACCAUGAAGCAGCUCUACAGAGUCCCAUUUGAGAGGAACAGUGACAGGGUCAAAGGACUUCGAGCUGAAUAUGUACGGAGAAUCUUGGCCAUGGAUGGAGCUGCACAGCCUCAUGAAUUCAUUUUCCUUGAUGAAGCUGGAUUCGACCUGAGCAAAACAAGACGACGGGGUCGUAAUAUAAUUGGCCAAAGGGCAAUUGUGCACGUCCCAGGGCAGCGCGGGGGAAAUAUCACAUUGUGUGCCGCCAUAAGCCUUCGAGGGCUUCUGCAUCAUCAUGCAAAACUAGGUCCAUACAAUAGCCAACAUAUAUUCACAUUUCUAGAUGCUCUCCAUAAUAUAGUUGUACAGAACAGACCAGAUCAGCCCAGGUUUGUGGUGAUAUGGGAUAAUGUCAGUUUCCAUCGGGCUGCUCUGGUCCAGGCCUGGUUCUCCAACCACAAUCAAUUUGAAGUGGUAUACUUGCCCCCUUACUCACCAUUUUCAAACCCUAUAGAGGAAUUCUUUUCGGCUUGGAGAUGGCGUGCAUAUGACCGCCAACCACAUGCCCGCAUGCCUCUUCUGCAGGCAAUGGAACAGGCCUGCGGCGACAUUCAGGUGACAGCAAUCCAUGGAUGGUUUCGACAUGCAAAAGGAUAUUUUCCCCGGUGCCUAGCGGGAGAAGACAUUGCUUGCGAUGUCGAUGAGGUCCUGUGGCCAGACCCCAACAAACAGCGGGAUCCAUGA